AUUGUUGAUUUAAAAAAUUUUUUUAUUUCCUCAGGGAAAUAUCAGUCGACAAGAAGCUGUUAGCAUGAUUCCACCACUGUUACUGAAUGCACACCCCCAUCACAAGAUCCUAGAUAUGUGUGCAGCACCUGGGUCAAAGACCACACAGUUGAUUGAAAUGCUGCAUGCUGACAUGAAUGUCCCUUUUCCAGAGGGAUUUGUCAUUGCGAAUGACGUGGACAACAAACGUUGCUACCUGCUCGUUCACCAGGCCAAAAGGUUGAGCAGCCCUUGUAUCAUGGUGGUCAACCAUGAUGCAUCCAGCAUACCUAGGCUCCAAAUAGAUGUGAAUGGAAGGAAAGAGAUUCUCUUCUAUGAUCGCAUUUUAUGUGAUGUCCCUUGCAGUGGAGAUGGUACUAUGAGAAAAAACAUUGAUGUUUGGAAAAAGUGGACCACCUUAAAUAGCUUGCAGCUGCAUGGCUUGCAGCUGCGGAUCGCAACGCGAGGCGCGGAGCAGCUGGUAGAAGGCGGCAGGAUGGUGUACUCAACGUGUUCACUCAACCCCAUUGAAGAUGAAGCUGUCAUAGCAUCCUUACUGGAAAAAAGUGAAGGUGCUCUGGAGCUGGCUGACGUGUCUUCUGAGCUGCCGGGGUUAAAAUGGAUGCCAGGGAUCUCGCACUGGAAGGUCAUGACGAAAGAUGGGCAGUGGUUUGCAGAGUGGGAUGAUGUUCCACACAGCAGACAUGCGCAGAUCCGGCCCACCAUGUUCCCACCAAAGGACCUGGGAGAGUUAGAGGCCAUGCACCUGGAGCGCUGUCUUAGAAUAUUACCACAUCAUCAGAAUACUGGAGGUUUCUUUGUGGCAGUGUUAGUGAAAAAGUCCUCAAUGCCAUGGAAUAAACGUCCACCAAAGCUGCAGGGGCUGUCUGCGGAGCCGAGGGGGCCUGUGCAGCCCAGCCCUGCUGCAGCCCCCCCGGGAGGGACAGCUGCCAACUGCUCCGAGCUGGAAAGUAACCCAGUCCCUGGAGUAAGUGAUACAGAAGUACUUGAAAGAACUGAAAAUCAAGAGAAUAACGGAAACAAGAAAGAUGGCGUAUGUGGUCCUCCUCCUUCUAAGAAGAUGAAGUUAUUUGGAUUUAAAGAAGAUCCUUUUGUGUUUAUUCCUGAAGAUGACCCGUUAUUUCCACCUAUCCAGAAAUUUUAUGCUUUGGAUCCUUCAUUCCCAAAGAUGAAUUUGUUAACUCGAACUACGGAAGGGAAGAAAAGGCAGCUGUACAUGGUCUCAAAGGAGCUGAGAAACGUGCUCCUGAACAACAGUGAGAGGAUGAAGGUUAUUAACACUGGGAUAAAAGUCUGGUGUCGAAAUAACAGCGGAGAAGAGUUUGACUGUGCGUUCCGGCUAGCACAGGAGGGAAUAUACACAUUGUAUCCAUUUAUUAAUUCAAGAAUUAUCACUGUGUCAAUGGAAGAUGUUAAAAUUCUACUAACCCAGGAAAAUCCAUUUUUUAGAAAACUUAGCAGUGAGGCGUACAGCCAAGCCAAGGACAUGGCCAAGGGGAGCAUCGUCCUGAAGUACGAGCCAGACCCCAUGAAGGCAGACACCCUCCAGUGCCCCAUUGUGCUGUGUGGAUGGCGGGGAAAGGCCUCAAUUCGAACUUUUGUGCCCAAGAACGAACGGCUGCACUAUCUCAGGAUGAUGGGGCUAGAGGGGCUGGCAGAAGAGAAGAAGGAAGGUGCUGCUGGGACAGUGAAGAGCGCAGCCCACCCAGGGCUGCCGGAGGGGGCGGGGGAGGGGACGGCGGGGCAGGCGGCGGGCCCGGACCUGCCCCACGAGGACCCUGCGACACCUCACUCUCAUGUCUGAACCAAAUCCAGGACUUCUGACCUCAAAGGGAUGUAUUUUUAGAAACUGAGGAAUGAGAGGAGUGGUCUGAAUGAGCUUGGCACUGCUUUCCUAUGGGGCUUGCGAGAGUAUUUUUUUAGCUUUUUAGAAGUCACUCCUUUUAUUUUGUUUCUUUGGCAAAGCUGGGUCUGGGCCAGGUACUAGGCUUCCACUAUGGAAGUCUUGCUUCUAUCAAGUAACGUAACUACCCCUAACAGAAAUUUCCAGGUCCACUUUGUUAGGCCUUUAUUGCCCUUAAGGUCCAGUAUUUCUUUUAAUUAUUUACAGAGAGAACAUACCUUCUUUUGAAUCAAUGGAAAACUACUAUCAGCUUUAAUAACUAUUUAAAGUUGCACAUCAGCAGUGUGACGUUACCAUGCAGUGGGGUUAAUAUCUGAGGUCUCAGAUGACAUCUGUGGUGCCUUUGUAAUAAAGGGUAAAAUAAAUUUUCACAGAGUAAGAGCUGUGUCAUGAAUUGUCCUAAUUAUGAGGGUUUUACAUGCUUUUAUUGAGUGGAGUACUUUGGAGUUUUAAUCUUUUAAGCAGGGUUUAAGGAUCCUUGGAGCGCUUAAAUAAAGAAUUUUCAUGGAUAAUA